AUGUUGGCUUCGUUCAUCCUGCUCUGGGUUUGUAUUUACUUCAUCGUCCUUCAGGUCAGAUGUCGCAGACCGCAGAACUUCCCUCCUGGACCCACUGCUCUGCCCAUGGUGGGGAACCUGCUGAACCUGAGCCUGGACAACCCCCUGAGGGACUUUGAGAGGCUGAGGAGGAUUUAUGGAGAUGUGUACAGUCUGUACAUCGGCCUGAGACCAGCUGUGAUCGUCAGUGGAGUCCAGGCCCUGAAAGAAGCCAUGGUAACCAAGGCAACGGACUUCGCAGGAAGACCUCAAGACCUGUUUGUGAAUGAAACAACUGAAGGAAAAGGAGUCAUACUGGUGGAUUAUGGUCCUGGUUGGAAGGAGCAUCGGCGCUUCGCCCUGAUGACACUGAGGAACUUUGGUCUGGGGAAGCAGUCCAUGGAGCAGAGGAUUCUGGGAGAGAUCCAGUACAUUAUAGCCACACUGGAAAAGAGCAUCGGUUCAACUCUGAAUCCUCAGCUGAUGUUUCAUAAUGCGUCGUCCAACAUCAUCUGUCAGGUUCUGUUUGGUACGCGCUUCAACUAUGAUGAUGAGUUCAUCAAAGUGAUCGUUCAAUGUUUCACUGAGAACGCCAAGUUGGCCAACGGACCCUGGGCCAUGCUGUAUGACUCCCUUCCCCUGAUCCGUGGUUUACCUCUGCCCUUCCAGAAGGCCUUUAAGAACGCUAAGAUCUGUCAAAGACUUUCCAUUAAUUUGGUCACUGAACAUAAGAGACCCGAGUUCCCUGGAAAACCACGAGACUUUAUCGACUGUUACCUGGAUGAACUGGAGAAGAGAGGAGACGACGGUUCUUCCUUUUCAGAGGAACAGCUGGUCAUGUAUGCUCUGGAUCUGCAUUUCGCUGGGACUGACACCACGUCCAACACCCUCCUCACCGGUUUCCUCUACCUGAUGACCCACCCUCAGAUACAAGAACGCUGCCAACAGGAGAUUGACCAGGUGUUGGAAGGGAAGGACCAGGCCAGCUUUGAAGACAGACACAACAUGCCUUAUACGCAGGCUGUCAUCCAUGAAGUGCAGAGGGUCGCCAACACCGUCCCACUCAGUGUUUUCCACUGCACCACCAAAGACACAGAGCUCAGAGGAUAUUCCAUCCCCAGGGGUACCAUGAUCAUCCCUAACCUGACCUCAGUGCUGAACGAGGAGGGGCAGUGGAAACACCCCCAUGAAUUCAACCCAGACAACUUCCUCAAUGACCAGGGAGACUUUGUCAAACCAGAGGCCUUCAUGCCUUUUUCUGCAGGUCCUCGUAUGUGUCUCGGGGAGGGUCUGGCUCGUAUGGAGCUCUUCCUCAUCACAGUGACUCUGCUGAGGACCUUUAAGUUCCUGUGGCCGGAGGACGCUGGAGAACCGGACUACACCCCAGUUUAUGGAGUCACCCUGACCCCCAGACCUUAUCGCAUGAAGAUCCAGCUCCGAGCCUCACAGUGAGACCACCUGCAGAUCCAGGAGACACUG